AUGGCCGCGGCAAAAGCCAUACUCGAUGAGGUCCAUCCUCCACUCGCUCAGCCAGAGUCCGAUCACAACACCUACGUACUUGGGAGUGUUGGCGGUCACAAUGUGGUGGUGGCCUGCCUCCCUGACGGUGUCUAUGGAACAAUAUCUGCUGCUGUUGUGGUGUCACAUCUGAUGUCUACCUACCGAAAUGUUCGAUUUGGAUUGAUGGUAGGCAUCGGAGGGGGGGUUCCGAGUGACAAUGUUGAUAUACGGCUUGGUGAUAUUGUGGUCAGUAAGCCAACCGACACCUCAAGCGGUGUUGUUCAGUAUGACUACGGCAAAACGCUUCACAACGGACAAUUUUAUCGCACAGGAUCGCUCAACAAGCCCCCUUCAAUAUUGCUAAAGGCGAUUGCUAAGAUGAAGAGUGACUAUAUUAUAGGGCAAAACUUACUUAGCGAUAUUAUGUCUAGUACCCUGCAGAAGGAGGAAGUACGAAAUCAGUUUCAACGACCGUUAAAUGACCAGCUAUUCCAAUCAACAUACAAUCAUAUUAGCGACAGUUCCAACUGUUCAGCAUGUGAUCAGAACCAGCUAGUAGACCGUCCUGAACGGACAACUGAAACGCCUCAUAUCCAUUAUGGUUUGAUUGCCUCCGGAGAUCAGGUCAUGAAAGAUGCCAAGACUCGUGACUUGAUUGCGCAAGAUCUGGACAUUCUCUGUUUUGAAAUGGAGGCUGCUGGAAUUAUGGAUGAGAUCCCGUCUCUAGUUAUUCGAGGCGUCUGCGACUAUUGCGACUCCCAUAAACACAAAGAGUGGCAAGCAUAUGCUGCUCUAGUUGCUGCUGCCUACGCAAAAGCUUUACUUUUACAGGUCCCCUUACACGAUCAAAGUGCUGAGCUGAAAGAACCAAAGCACCACUGGAUGGUCCCCUUCCGGAAAAACCCUGGAUUCGUGGGCCGAGAAGAAGAAAUCGCCAAGGUUGAAGAAUUGUUUGGAAAGAUGAAUGGGCCGUCCAAAGUCGCUAUCUGUGGAUUGGGUGGAGUGGGAAAAACUCAGAUUGCGCUUGAAUUAGCUUAUCGCGUACGCGAGAGAGACCCCACAUGCUCUGUAUUCUGGAUUCCGUGUACCAGCUACGCGAGUAUUGAACAAGCCUACAUGGGUAUCGCACAAACCAUUGGGAUCCAGGAAGUAAAGCCAGCUGAUGCAAAAGAGCGUGUCAAGGGCCAUCUCAGUCAGGCCAGUGGCCAGAAAUGGCUUCUGAUAUUUGACAAUGCAGAUAAUAUGGACAUGUGGGUUGGAGGUAAGGCUGGUGUAAUAGAACUUGCAAACUAUUUGCCUCAGAGCGAGGAAGGCCAUAUCCUGUUUACCACUCGCAAUCGAAAGCUGGCGGUGAGACUGGCAUCGCCUUUUUUGGUCGACAUCUCCGAGCCGGAUAUAGAGACUAGUGUCAAGAUUCUGGAAAAGGCACUGUUGCAGAACGAUCUACUUGAGAAUAGUGAUGCAACCAUUGCUCUUCUUGAACAGCUGAUGUUCCUGCCACUGGCGAUUACUCAGGCAGCAGCAUAUAUCAACUCCAAUAAUAUUAAGCUCUCUGACUAUACCGUACUCUUGAAGGAGCAGGAGCCAGAUGUGAUUGAGUUACUAAGCGAAGACUUCGGAGAUGAUUGGCGAUAUCAUGAGACUCAGAACCCAGUUGCUACCACCUGGUUGAUCUCUUUUCAGCAGAUUCAGCAGUCAAAUCCACUAGCAGCUGACUAUCUAUCAUUCAUGGCAUGCAUAAAUCCGCGCGAUAUCCCGCAAUCUUUGCUUCCUCCAGCUAUUUCUAAGAAGAAGAGACAUGAGGCAAUUGGCCUUCUUAAGGCUUUUGCAUUUGUCAGCGAGCAAGAUCACGACCAUGCUCUCAGUCUACAUCGCCUAGUCCAUCUCUCCACUCGGAAUUGGUUAAGGGAGCAUCAGCAAUUUCAUCUGCAAAUACAAAGAACAGCAGACCAGUUUGACCAGGUCUUUCCGGACAAUAACCAUGCUAAUCAAAAGCUCUGGAGAGAUUACCUACCGCACGCCCUUUCUUUAACUGGAGAAAUGGAGUUUCAAGAAGACCUGGCGAAAUAUAUAGGCUUGGUUAAGGCUAUUGGGAGAUGCCUCAGGACAGACGGAAGAUACAAUGAAGCAGCUGUCCUAUUUGAGAAGCUUGUAAGCGUGCAAAGAAACGGAAAUAAUGAUCCAGAUAUCUCAACUCUUAUCAGUCUAGCUGACCUCGCAUCAACAUACUGGCAUCAAGGACGAUGGAAAGAAGCAGAAGAGCUAGAGAUGCAGGUCUUAGAUAUCCGCAAGCGGGUACUAGGCCUAGAGCAUCCCAACACUCUGACCAGCAUGGCCAACCUCGCACGGUCAUAUGCAAGUCAAGGACGAUGGAAAAAAGCAGAGGAGCUAGAGGUGCAGGUCUUAGAUAUCCACAAGCGGGUACUAGGCCUAGAGCAUCCUAACACUCUGACCAGUAUAGCCAACCUCGCAUCAACAUAUGCAGAUCAAGGACGAUGGAAGGAAGCAGAGGAGCUAAAGGUGCGGGCCUUAAAUAUCCGCAAGCGGGUACUAGGCCUAGAGCAUCCUAAUACUCUAACCAGCAUGGCCAACCUCGCACGGUUAUAUGCAGCUCAAGGACGAUGGAAGGAAGCAGAGGAGCUAGAGGUGCAGGCCUUAAAUAUCCGCAAGCGGGUACUAGGCUUAGAGCAUCCCGAUACUCUAACCAGCAUGGCCAACUUGGCCUACACUUGGAAUUCCAGGAAGAAGAUUCAUGAUGCCCUGACUUUGAUGGAGCAGUGUGUUAAAAUUCAGAACAGGGUGCUGGGACCUUCUCACCCCAGCGCCACAUCUUCUGCUUGUUCUCUCAGGAUGUGGAAAGAAAGUCUCAAUUUAUUGACUAAGGAACAACACCAAUCUUCGCGUCAAGCAGAAAGUGAUCGACCUCGUGACGAAGCCCUGCAGGAAUGCUACCCGGCUGCGGCGAUUAAUAAACCUAACAGAAAUGAAGAGCGCAUUGAGUCUUAUCAGGGUCCUGUACGAUCAGCAACUCCUUUGAGAACGUUUCUUAACACCCAUCCCCUUCUUGAUUCUCAGAGCGAUUCACCUGUGCUGCGAGGACAUGACUGGACUUAA